AGUUACCAUUCAGCUGUAAAAAAAUAGUCCAUUCAGCUUCUUGAGCAGUGGCGGCUGCAAAACAGGAAGGCGAAAGACCGGAAGUCGAACCUCCGAUUCUCACGGCGCCGGCGGCGAGCGCCGACGACGCCCGCAGCCUGCUCGACGGAAUGCCUCCUAGGAAGAAGCGCAAGGGUGCGUUGCCGGUGUGCGCCACCGACCGCAUCGGCACCCUCCCCGACCAUAUCCUCCACCACCUGCUCUCUUUCCUACCAGCGCAGGUGGCUGUGCGGACGUGCGUGCUCGCCCGCCGUUGGUGCGACCUUUGGAGGUCCGCCACAGGCCUGCGCAUUGUCGGCCUCGACGACGACGAGAGGCCUGUCCAGGCCCAAGACCUCCGUAAGUUCGUGGACUAUCUGCUGGUCCUGCGUGAUCGCACGGACCUAGACACUGUUGAGAUCAGAUUUGACACUUUCCUGGAAGACGACCUGCCCUAUGUGAACCUAUGGGUCCGUUCUGCUGUGAUGUGCAAAGUUCGGGUGCUCACCCUUCAUGUAUGUGGCGACAUUCAAUACCUCUGCCUAGAUGACCUGCGUCUUGUCUCUCGGCAUCUGAGAACGCUGGACCUUCAGGGUGUAGCCCUACAGAAGACCUUCCUUGAUUUUGCUAGGUGUCCAGCAUUGGAGGAUCUGAAGAUGGUUAAUUGCCUCAUCAAUGCCAAUAAGAUAUCAUCUCGUUCCCUGAAGUAUUUGAGCAUCACUGAUUGCCGCUCUUACUUGGAUUGCCGGAUCUGUGUUUCUACUCCGGGCCUUGUCUCUCUGGAACUAGAUGCGUUUGAUGGUUCAACCCCUUUUUCUUGAAAACAUGGCAUUGCUACAGACUGCAUUGUACAGGUGAAAACAUGACAUCAUGUAAUCAAAUACAAUCAUAUUCA